AUGGCUCAAACAAAAUCGGAAUCAGACGCGACGAGUAUAGCGCCAUCGUCUCCUCUAUUCCCGAAACCGGUGGUGUACUACGUGCAUAGUCCCACUGAAUCAAAUGACGGUGACAAAUCACAUCCAUCGAUCACAGAUUCACCGUCGCAUCGUUCUUCCUCGUUCGGAUACUCUGGCAGUUGGAUAUCCGGCAGGAUUCACGGAUUUUCGUGGCUUGGCAGGAAAAAGAAUGAAAAAAGUUGGCAUGCAUUCAACAAGAUAGAUGAAGAACACCACGUGGAUGAUGAUGAGUUGAUGAUUUGGAGAUGCCAAUGUUUGAUCGCCCUGUUUGGGUUAUUUUCGAUCUUCUUUCUAUUAUGUUUCAUCUUAUGGGGAGUCAGUACGCCAUUAAAACCUCAAAUCCUGGUCGAGAGUCUAAUGGUGCAUAACUUCCUUAUGGGACAAGGAUCAGAUUAUUCGGGUGUUCCAACAACGAUGAUAACAAUAAACUCCACAUUGAAUUUGUUCAUACACAAUCCGGCCACUUUCUUUGGCAUUCAACUCAACAUUUAUCCUCUUCAACUUUUCUAUUCAGAAAUAGUUGUUGCCACCGGUCAUUUGGAGAGGUACUAUCUGCCGAGAAAUAGUCAUCGUUUGGUAUAUGUUAGGCUUCAAGGCGAUAAAGUCCCGUUAUAUGGUGCUAGAGGAGAUUUGCCCGUUUCAAGAAACAAUAAAGAAAUACCGAUAAAGCUGGAGUUGGACAUUCAUUCGAUAGGAUAUGUGAUUGGGAAGUUGGUCAAGACACGACACAAAUUGCAUAUCUCUUGUUCCUUAUCCAUUGACCCGGAAAAUAACAUUAGAACAAUCAAAUUCAGACAACAGUCUUGUACAAAGAUAUAG